AUGGUCAUUCGAAGAGAAGGAAAUUGCAGGGGUCGAGAAUUUCAAGUCCGUCAUCUACAAUAUUCAAGGUGGCCAGAUCAUUCGUCACCACUCAAAACUAAUACAGCUCUUCAACUCCACAGAGAAAUUAUCGACAGUAAUCCCCAAUAUCCGAUACUUAUUCAUUGUUCAGCUGGUAUUGGUCGGACGUGCACACUCAUUGGUGUAGAGAUGAUACUGGAGAGUGUGUUGGCGAACAAGUUCCAUUCUGGUACAGCGAUCGUCAGAGCAUUGCGGCGUUCACGAGCAGGAGCUGUACAAAAAGCCAUACAAUUUCUUUUCAUGCUCUA